ACCGGCCAAGUUGCCGGGCGAGGCAGGAACUCCGUCCGCUGGCCUCGUUUUGUUCCCAGCUGCAGCAGCAGCAGUUAUGCCCGCGCCCGCAGCAUGAGCCGGUGGUCUAGUUCCCAGGGGGUUGUUUUAACGGCGUAUCACCCCAGCCCCGGCGACGCCGACGGGCCGGCGAGCCAUGGCAAGGAGGGCGCGGACACGUCCCCCGUGAGCCGGAGAUCUGGCCAGUAUACAAUGAACCAUGAGAACUUGAAGAAGUCUCCAGGAAAGCCCCCUUACAAUCGCUCAGGUUCUCAGGAUUCACUGGAUGAGCUAUCCAUGGAUGACUACUGGAAAGAACUGGAAAACAUCCAUGAAACCAGAGGCAGUAAUCAUGAAGAACAAGAAGUGGCUGUUGUUAAGGAGCCUGAUGAAGGAGAAUUGGAGGAAGAGUGGUUAAAAGAAGCAGGAUUGUCAAACCUGUUUGGUGACAGUGCAGGAGACUCCCAAGAAAGCAUGGUGGUUUUGGCUACCCUGACUCGCACUCAGGCAGCAGCCGUACAGAAGCGAGUGGAGACUGUCACACAAACCAUGAGAAAGAAAAACAAACAGUAUCAAGUUCCUGACGUGAGAGAUAUCUUCAAGCAGCAAACGAGUUCAACAGAAAAGGAAACUGGCAGUGAGAACCAGACCAAGAGAACAAGCAAAAAUGAAGAUAAAACAGAGGAGAAAGCGAAAGAAGCACAUGGCCACUGUAUUGGAGAUAGCUUGAGUGAGAAUGCACCAGCGCCUGAAACGGACAUCAACCUGGAAAUAUCAUUUUCUGAACAAGCAAGUCUCAAAGAUAACUCAGCUUGCAAAGUUUCUAAGCACAGAGAGGAUGACACACUUCUUCCUAAUUUCAGACUGCCAAAGGAUAAAACGGGUACAACAAAGAUUGGGGACCUUGCCAUUCAGGAUAUGAAGAAAAUCCAUUCUUUAGCGCUGAUUGAACUGACUGCCCUGUUUGAUAUACUUGGAACAGAACUUAAGCCACAAAAAGCAAUAAAAAUUAAAAUAAAAGAAUCUGGUCUUUUUGGAGUCCCACUGCCAGUUUUGCUAGAGCAAGAUCAGAAGAGAGUUCCAGGCAUCAAGAUACCCCUAAUCUUUCAAAAACUUAUAUUCCAGAUAGAAGAAGGAACGCUGGAUACAGAAGGCCUUCUUCGAAUACCAGGUGUUGCAACAAGAGUAAAGAGUCUUUGUCAAGAGUUAGAAGCAAAAUUUUAUGAAGGGACAUUCAACUGGGAAACCGUAAAGCAACAUGAUGCUGCAAGUCUUCUAAAACUCUUUAUCCGUGAACUUCCUCAGCCACUCCUCACUGUGGAGUAUCUCAGGGCUUUCCAGGAUGUACAGAGACUUCCAACAAAGAAGCAUCAGCUGCAAGCAUUGAAUCUUUUGGUCCUUCUUCUCCCUGAUGGAAACAGAGAUACUCUAAAGGCCCUGCUUGAAUUUCUUCAAAGGAUAAUUGAUCAUCAAAAUAGCAACAAAAUGACCCUAAAGAAUGUUGCCAUGGUUAUGACUCCUAACCUCUUCAUGUUUCAUGGUAUGGGCUCCAAGACCACAGAGCAAAACGAGUUUGUUAUGGCAGCUGGGACAGCAAAUGUCAUGCGUUUUAUGAUUAAAUAUCAAAAUCUUCUAUGGACAAUACCUACCUUUCUCGUGAACCAAGUGAGAAAACAAAACACUGAAUGUCAGAAGAAGGAGAAGAAGGACAAAGCAAUGAAGAAACUGCUGAAAAAAAUGGCUCCUGACCGAGAAAAGCAUGAGAAACAAGACAAAAACAUCAAUGAUAUCAAAAAUGUCAAUGAUGCUGAUGUUCCUCAGGGAGUAAUACGGGUGCAAGCACCUCAUCUUUCCAAAGUUUCCAUGGCAAUUCAGCUGACAGAAGAACUAAAAGCUGGCGAUGUAGUUGCCAGGUUUCUCAGCCAAAAAAGUGGAACUGUCCAAGAUCUGAAGAAAGAAGAGGUGUUUUUAUAUGAAAUUGGGGGAAAUAUUGGUGAACGCUGCCUUGACAUUGAAACCUACAUGAAGGAUUUAUAUCAACUAAACCCAAAUGCCGAGUGGGUUAUAAAAUCUAAAAACUGCUGAAUUCCUGAAUCUUCAAUGGAAGAUACACUCUGGACUGUCUUGUCAGAUGCAACAAAAUAAGACAACAAUGUAUUGUUUGAUACUUAAAAUGUAUUGGAUUGUUAAAAGGGCUAUUGGCAAUGCUACAUUUGGCUUUACAAGGAGUUGCCCUCCCCAUCUUCCAAGUCAACAGUAGUUGUUUUAUUCUUUGGGGAUAGCACUUUCUCAUGGGAAGCACUGUGCCUUUACUAUGGUCCAUCUAACUUCAAGUGCUUUUUGUGCCCUCAUUUUCGAUGAAAGACCAGGAUUAUCUUAAGAUCUAAAGUAACAACUUUAGCAAAACCACAUUUCUCAUUAGCCCUCAUCUUCAAAGUGCUUGUCCUCCAUAUGGAAACAGAGCAGCUGUGUAUAUAGUAUAUAUAUAUACUAUAUAGUACUGGAUUAAAACCUUGUGGUAAAUGGGAAUAAGCCACUUCUCUUUAGUCUACCUCCUUUAGUCUAGUCUGCUAUAAACAGCUGUGCCAAAGUGGCUGCUGGAUUAGGUAGACUGGAAUAAUUAUUGAACCACUAUUUACAAUGCUACAGAGGCUGGGAGGGCAGAGGAGGAGGAGAAUAACCAAUGUGGAAGUUUCUCUAGCCGUUUGCUACUUUUAAAAAGUUCAUCAGCACAACUGCUCUUCACAAAUUCUUCUGCUUUCCCUCACUCAGAAGCAUCAAUCUAACAAGAGUGUAUCCACAGGAGGAGUUAAGAUUGGGCUGUCUAAAAAUUACAAUUCUAGCAAACCACAGAUCUGCCCAAGGCCAAGCGGAGUUCACAUAAAAGAAAACUAAACACAGCAUAGCCUUUGAUUAUUGCUAUCUAACAACGACAGCUGAAGUUUAGCUGUGCUAAACAGAAGCAGUGCAAUGAGGGCCAACCCAAACUUCCAAAAACAUACUUCAUUCAAUACAUCCCAGUUCUGAUGGAUGUUAAGAGCAACCCAAACUGUCUACCCAUUCAGCCUGUUGACCUACCCUUCUCCAGUCAUAUCUGCUAUAGCUGCAGAAACUCUUUUUCCUGCUGACAUGGUUAUGGGAAUUGCUUUCAGGCAGCUGCAGCUGAGUACAAAUAGGGUCUAGCAGGCAACCCCUGACUGACAGGUAGGGGAAAAAACAAAUUAGAGGUGUGUUGUGUUAGUAUAUACAUGCUUGAGGGAUUUCCAGAGGCCUAUUGAAAGCAAUAACUCCUGUGACAUAUAGUACAUUGGUAUAUACUAUGAAACUAUACAAUAUCACCCAGUAGCCUUGGCAGCUCAGUUGAACUUUUUUACAAACACUGAAGACAGUUCAUAUAGUGUUACUGAAGUUACCUUUAGGACAUUAUAAAGGGCUUGAAUUUUUGUUUGCUACUUCCUUUAUAUAUUCCAAUUACUGUGACAUAAUGUCAUAACUGGAUAGAGACAUUUAUGGCUUCAUAUUAUGUAUCUUUGUAUUAUGCCAUUAUAGCUAUUGCUUUCAAUAGUCAUGUGGUAUAGAGAUUAUUCUGGUUUAUUAGUAUAGCAUAUUCUCAGGUAUGUUUGAUCUGUGCAGUGCUGGAAAUACUUAAUGCACAUAUUCAUUUGGCUGCUGCCUUGGCUGAAGGAGGAAUGCAGGUCACAGAAACUGCAACCCAUGACAACAGUCCUUCCUGAUGAAAUAGACUAGGCUAGGUUUGGGCAUCUGACGAGCAUAGCUAAGUUCAACCCUUGCUCCUACUGCAUGAUAUUUCCCCCUUCUCUGUAUAACAAAGUAAAUUGUUGCAAAAUACUAUCUGCUUCUCAUUUCCUAAAGCAGGAGUAUACUUUUUCUUUAAUAAAAGCUACUUCUGAGCAGUGAAAAAUUUCCCAAGCUACUCCCCAAUCCCCCAAAAUUACCAAGUGUUGUUCACUCCUAGAAACAGAACAAGAACUAGGAAGAGCACAGAGAUAAGCUAUCAGAUAAGAAGCGGAGAGAAAAGUUGUUUGAAAUAAAAGCUUUACUUUUAAAAAAGCUUAGCGCGAAACUUUUAAUGAUCUUUUCCUGGGUCUUCUAGGGAUUGCACAGGCUAUCUGCAGCAGCUGGCAAGCUACCAAUAGUUUAUGAGCUGUCUGUUGGAGACCCAUGUGAGUUAUAAUUUCAGCUAUUCUCAGGUAAAAAGUACAGGUGUGGAGAGUAAGGGCUGCAUCACAAAUUAUUUCUUUCCUACACAAAAAUGGAAUCCCUGCAAAAACUGGUUUGGAACUUGCAUACAAAUAGUCCUGUGUGACGUAAAUGCCUCACAAGACAUGUAAUAAUAUGAACGUGUAAGAACAACAUUAUGUAAUCUAAAUGUUAUAUGGCCAGUUGCCUACAUGGACUUACCACUAAAAAAACAGUCCCCCACCAUUUCUUGGACUUGUCCAAAGAUAGCAUUAAAUCAGUAUAACUUAGUAUAGAAGCCCUGAAGUCUAAAGAAAGCAGUCAUCAUGAGUCAUGAUUGCUUAAUAUACAGAAAUUUAUAUGUUUACACUAUUGAAUGUACUUCGUUGCUAUUAUGCAUCUGUGUAUUCCUCUACUAAAUGCCAUAUAGCCAAACUGCUACCAUUUUCUGACUGUUGAUCCCUAGCCAACCAUUGUCUCAGUGGCAAAGCAGCUCCAGAUUCCUGUAGUUCAGGAUGAUAAUGGCUGUGAGAGAGUUUAACUGAACUAGGAUAGUGUGUUGCGUGUUAAAGUACUUUCUGCAUAUUCUGGUGUGCCCACCUGAGGAGGAGAUUAAAAUAUUUACACGGCUGCAUAGAUCCUGAACCAGCAAGAAUUGAUUUCUUUUCCAGUGGCAUCCAUGCCAGGUAGGUAAUGCUCAAUUUGCAUGUAGAUUUAUGGCAACAUACCCUAACAUGAUGUCAAAAGCUGACUUUUGGGAGGAGAGGAAAUAUUUUGUCUUCUUGAUGGAUGGUAGUUCUAUGUAUACUAGUUGUGUGCAGAUUAGUACUUCUCUGCUAUUAAUGUGGCUCACAGUACUUAAGGGCUGGUUUAUCAUUGACUGAAUGCCUGUUGAUUUUGUUCUUUAUGAAACAAAGUCAAAGGCUUGUAGAAAUAUAACAAAAAAACCAAUUCCAUAGUUAUUCUACAACACUUCGCAAGCUGUAUAUUGACAAAGAGGAUUUUUUUUUUUAAAAAAAAGUAUUAAGUCAUAGGAUGACUUACACCUAUUUUCAUAAUGAGAAAAUUACCACUAUCUUCCUGUGAUAAUAGCUGGUUACAGUGCAUGAUAGUUUCACUAAUGCUCUUGCAGCUUUUCUGGCUCUAUGAUGAAGUGGCAGAGAGGCAACAGCAUUCAUAAUCAAAAGGCUAUUUAAACAAACAAGAACUGGAGGCAGCCACUUCUGAAGAGUAUUUUUAGAGGCAGCAUAUUCCCACUGAAGUGUGCUUUAAUUGCCUGCUGUACAACAACCACAGAAAUUAUCUAGAAGCAAUGGGAGGGAUUUUAUGAAUUCUCUCUACACAAGGAGCAUAGAUUCCUAAGUUCCAGCAGGAACUUCCUCACCUGCAGUCAUUAUGAGCCAGAGGAAGCAUUUUGUCCACAGACUCCGCACCAUGCAAACAUUUGGUUUCUAACUGGCUAGCAGCCAGCCACCUGCACAGGCAGAGAGCAGUUGCCUAGUCACAUGGUGUUGAGAUAUCUCUUGCUUCCCUCCUCACUGCCUUCAGGCAGCUACCCGUAAGGACUUUCUCCUCCCUCCUUGCCUGUGACACAGUGGCAGCUGGCAGGUCCUACCGAUGUACACUCUUCACUGGCUGUUGCUGACAAAGAAAAAACUCCUAAGUAAACUUUUUUGAAUCUAGAAUAAGUUUAAAGGGUAAUGUAGGUGCCUAAUACUGCAAACCAUUUUUGUAAUAUUUUAGAGUUUGGAACUGAUCCAAGCCAGAAUUCUGGGGAUUUAAAUCAGGAACAAUUACUGCUGGUGAGAACAGCUGUAGUGGUCAUUAAAAUAUAUAAAUGGCCUGUAGAUUAUUUUUAAUAACUUCAUUGCUGAGUUAGUGCCAUUAUCUUUUUAUCGAUGUCUAAAAAGCUUUGUAUAAUUAAAAGAAUUUUCUUAAUGCUGUUCUUAUUUGAAUUAUUGGAAGUUACAUGAUGUAUACAGGAGGAAUACUGAUUGUGUAAUCAACUGUUGAGUUUUUAUUUUUCAUUUUCACACGUAUGUAGAUUUGUAUAUAAAAUGAAGCACAGUAAUCCGCAUUUCUUUUCCACUUGUGUGUGUGUAUUGUUUUAUGCAGUAUGUUGAUGUCUUCAAGGUGGGGUGGUGUAGAAAGAAAGAAGCUGAAGCCUUCCCUCAUUAUUCUUUUCUAUAACAUGAAAUUUUAUCAUUGAAUACCAUUUUAUUUGACCCAGUACAACUAUUGCCUCCAACUUUUGUACUCACAAUGAUAGAUACAGAUUUCAAUCCUGACGUCAUCUGCACUGAAAUGGUUGGAAAAUUCACUUUUUCACUAUUUUGAACCAGGUUUGGUAUGAAUGUAACCAGGUUAGCAAAAAAAAUAGUUAACAAAAGUAUUCUGCAUGUAUUCUUUAAGUUGUAACUAUUCUAUAGUGAUCUUGACUGUACAGUGCAUGAUACAGAAAAAUGCGAGAUAUAUUAUGGCGAGGGGAGAACAUGAAAAACAAAAGAGCCAGUGCAGCUUAGUGAUUAGAGUGUCAGACUAGGAUCUGAGAGGCCUAGGUUCGAAUCCCACUCUGCCAUGGAAGCUCACUGGGUGACCUUGGGCCAGUCACACCUUCUUAGCCUAACCAACCUGACAGGGUUGUUGAAAAGGUAAAAUGUAGGAAAGGAGAAUGAUGUGUCCCAUUGGGGUGAAAGGCGGGGUAUAAAGUAAAAAAAAAUGUUUGCGGGACUGCAAAGGGAGUAUGAUUUUUUUUCCAGACUGUAUACAACUAAAUAGUAUUAUGUGUGGGGUUUUUUGGUUUACCUGGUUAAAUUCACAAUCAAGGUGGUAUUAGAAUAGUGAAAAAGUAAAUGCAGUAUGCAAGAAAGAGCCCAGUGCUUUAAAG